GAAAUAAAUAGCUCAACACACACUGUUGGGAGGCAAAUGAAUGGAGCAGACUCGCAGGGGAUUUCCCCAGGCUGCCUUCACACCAAUGGAUCUGGACAAAAGUUUGUAACUGGCCAAACUGUAUUUGGCAGAGUAAUUUUUUAAAUAAUUUUUGCAACAGGAUCAUCUCUUAAGAGCUUCCAGACUGACCUUUUUGUGGAUUUUCACUGUAAAAAUUCAUAACAUGUAAGUCUCUGCUUCUUCUUUAUUUUUGAUGAACUGUUUAUGCCGGCUGAGAGAUCUCACGUUCACAGGAAAUGUGUCAUUUUUCAACUGCACUGCUAGUGUCAUAAACUGUUGAACAGCAAAUGAAGAGUUUAGCAUUAAUUUGUAGAUCAAAAUCUUAAUUCAGUAACUGCAGUGACUAAUACAAUAAUAUUUCUUGUGUUCUUCAGAUCUUAGGCUCAAGGAUGUGCUCUAUAGCCAUGCUUCACCAGUGGAGUCUGGCUGUGUUUUUGCUGUGCUCCCCAGUGACUCUUUAUGGGAGGCCAGUUGAUGCACUUAGUAGCAGAAUGAGGAGGUCAGUGAGCCACGCCCAGCUGAUGCACGACAAGGGCCGCUCCUUGCAGGAGUUCAAGCGUCGCUUGUGGCUGCAGGAGCUGCUGGACGAGGUGCACACAGCUGAUGAGCGAGCUCCACCUCCGCAAAGCAGAACCCCAAGCUUCAGUGGGAAUGCUCUACACCAGAAGCCCCCAGGGGCCACUAAGAACCUCCCUGACAGGUUCAGGAUGGACAGAGAGGGCCCUAACCUGCCGCAGGAGACCAACAAGGCUCUGGCUUAUAAGGACCAGCCACUAAAGGUGGCCACCAAGAGGAAAAAAAAGGUGAGGCUAGGCCGGCGUAGAGAGAGCGACAAGAAACGGAGGCGGGCACGGUCGAUCACAACAAAAGGAGCUACGAAAGACGCAGUACCAUGGCUGAGAUAAUAACCAGCGAGGUGCUGUG